AUGUCUUCAGGAGCAACAUUUCGCGGCCUUACAAGGGCACCUGAGGCACCAGGUCCCGAUGUGCUUCUCCCUCAACCGCUCCCCAUUUCUCAACUGGAAUCACUGCGUUUCAAAGCAAACCAGAUUAUAGAAUCCAUUAACACCCUAGCCUUCACCCUUUCAGGUGGUAUGAACCCAGCCUACAUGCCCGCAUGGCCAGAAAUCCUCUCCAAAUACAACAUCAUUCUCUCGCAAUACACCAACUUCUCCAACGCCCUCCUGAACCCGUAUCCAGCCGCUGCCAACCGUGCCCAAACGACAACCAACGAAGGUCCACCGGAGAACAUUUACCAGAAGAUCGUGGUGCAUCCGAACAUUGGGAUGUUGGACAUGCAGUUCGACACGGAGAUUGGGCCACUGCUGAGGAAUCAGCAGACGCUGGACGUGUUGAAGCAGGAGAACGACACAGUACGGCGGUUAUCUGAGCAUAUGACGACGAGGGGUAUGCUUGGAGUUCUGGGAAUCACGUCUGAAGGGACCGCCGAGCCUGCUGUGCCUGCAGCGAGUUACCGACCUCUCCACUUGAACGGCUUUGGAGGUUUGGGCGUCCCACCGCCCCGCAAACCCGAAUACGAGGACGUCUUGGCGGAAUGCGCAGAAAUACGCAAUGCACACGAUCAAAGGGUCGAACGCGCGGUUCGAGCAGUUUCAAUGUUGCGAGACCAGUUCGAAUUCAAGCAGAGAGUGGAGGCGAUGCACGAGGAGACGGACGAGUUCUGGGGACCAUCAAUGGGAAGAGGACCUAAUGACGAGGAUGAAGACAUGGACUCUGAUGAAGGGGAUGAUCACGACGACGGUGAUGAAGAGCACGAAGAUAAGGGCAGUGACGACGAAGAUGAAGACAACAUUCAAGGAGAACUUAUGGGACAGGACGAGGAAAUGGAUUCACCGGCACCGAUGAACACUGAACCACCUGCGCCAGUUCCGUCACAGACUUUAACGCCUAUGCAACAACCGGCGCCGCCAUCAUCGACUUCCACGCCGGUUCAUACAAUUCCGACUCCUGUACCGCCUGCACCUCCAGCGAACCCUCCAGCCCAAACGGCCCAGGUGGAUGAACCUCAAAUUGUAUCCCACAAUGUCCCGGAUAUCAUUGACUUGACGGAGGUAUGCAUAUCGCUUUGGAGAUGGAAAUUGACUAACUGCUACACUCCUCUGAAGCUGUGA